GCCGGCUCCGGCGGCGGCGGCGGCGGAGGUGUCGGUGUCGCUGCUGGUGGCGCCGCGUCUGCUGUCCGCCGCCCGGCCUCCGUCCCCCCUGCGCCCUCCCGCCGCCGCCGCCGCCUCCUCUGCCGCCACCCUCGCCCUCCCGCUCGGCCUGAGGGAGCCGCCGACGCCGCCAGGAUGGACCGCAUGAGCGAGGAUACUCUGCGCCUGAACCGCUUGAAGCGGACCCUGGACCAAGCCGAGGAGCGGGACGAUGUCUUGGCCAAGCGGCUGAAGAUGGAGGGCCACGAGGCCAUGGAGCGCCUCAAGAUGCUGGCGCUGCUCAAGAGGAAAGACCUGGCGGGCAUCGAGGUGCCCCACGAGCUGCCCGUCAAGCAGGACGGACUGAAAGGCUACGAGGAAAAGCUGAACGGAAACCUGAGGCCCCACGCCGACGGGCGCUCCUCCGGGAGAUCCGGCAAGGAGAACAUCAACGAUGAACCAGUGGACAUGAGUGCGAGGAGAAGCAGCGAUCAAGACAGGGGGCGGCUCACCCCUUCUCCGGACGUCAUCGUCCUCCUCCGACAACGAGGCCUCCAGCCCUCGCUCCAGUUCCCGCAUGGAAGAGCGGCUCAAGGCGGCCAAUCUGGAAAUGUUCAAGGGGAAAGGGGGUGAGGAGAGGCAGCAGCUCAUCAAACAACUCCGGACGAGUUGCGGGCUCGAGGAGCCCGGCUGGUGCUGUUGAAGAAGCUACGGCAGAGCCAGCUGCAGAAGAGAACGUGGUA